CAUAUCCACAGAAGCUUCACAUAAAUCAUAAUUAAACCCUAAAAAUCUUGUCACGACAAAUAGAAACUUACAAAAGACCUCUUUUGUCGAAUUAACGUUUUCCAUUUGUUUUGUUCUGUGUAAUUUUUUUGGAUGCUUUGGUUUAAUGGAGUCGGAGAAGCCUGGGAUUGUUUCCAUUCUCGAGGCAGCAACGGUCGAUUCGAAGAAACGUCGCGUUUCAAUUUCUGCGGUGCGAGCGGUUGAGGCGGCAAGAGCUGAAUCGUUUCUUCUCACGCGUACUCUCUCUGGUUCGUUUUCAUCUGCAGGUUCUGUUCCAAUUCGUGCACCUCUUACAGUUGAUGAUGAAGAUGACGAUGAUGAUGUUGAUUCUGGUUCUGUAAUCGAAGAACAUAGCUUAGCAAGUAGUGAAGCUAGUAGGGGAAUUGAUUCUGGGACAGAUGACGGUUAUGAGUCUGUUUCGGGGGACGCAGAUGAUGAGACUGAGUUAGAGGAUGUGAUUAUGGGUGGGGAUAGGGUUCAUAGGAUACUUGGGGAAGAGUUAAGUGGAGAAAUUGGAGAUGUAAGUGAUUUUUCAGGUGGGAGUGUGAUUUAUAGACCAUUUGCAGGUGAUGCUGAUGAGGAAACAUCGGUGAAUUACUCAUCUCUUGAGGAAAGGAGUGAGAAUAGUGAUGAGGUUGAGGGGGUUAGUGAGAAUGAAGUUAGUGAAGCUGAUGGAGUUAGUAUGAAAGCAAAAGUAGUCAUUCCCAGGGCUAUUUUGUCUUUGGAUGAUGAUGAAUUUGAUGAAAUUUUGGGUAGUGGUGAUGAAGAGGCUGUGUUGUUGCGUGGUACAAAGGCUUCAAGUGAUGAAGAAGCCGAAAUUGGAGAUAGGGUAUUCCAAUUUGCAGAUGAGGGAGUGGUUAAUGAACCAGAGUGUUCUGAUUCUUUUAUAGCUGAUGUUGUUUCUACAGAGGAAGAAGCGGUGAGAAUGAACUAUUCAGAAAAAUUAGAUGAUGGUUUGAUGUCCUUUGGGAAUAUUGAUGAAUCGAGUCUCGAUGUUCUACCAGGAGGUUCUAAUGAUUUUAUGGCAGAAAAUGAAGGGAACUCUACUGAGGCGAGUAUGGAAUUGGGUCAAAGUUUCAAGCAACUCAUGGAGAAAGGUGAGAUUCAAAGUACUAUCAAUAAGGACAAUGGUGGUGGUAACAUACAUAAUUUUGAUGCAUUGGUGAAGCCAAAUGAUGCAGAAAGAGUAGAAGAUAGUGCAGUUGAUAUAGCAAACAUGGGAGUGAAUGAUAAACCAGAAUACACAGGUUCUAAUAUAGGUGAAUUUGUUUCCACAGAGGAAGAUAUGGUGCAAGAGAAAUCUUCUGAUGAUGGGCUGGUGUCCUUUAAGAGUAAUCUUGAUGCUGUGCCAGGUGAUUGCAAUGAGUUUCUAGUGGAAAGUGAAGGAAACACUGUUCAUGAGGAUAUAGGAUUAGAUGAAACUGUCAGCAGCCUUGUCGAACAACAGGUGGGUCAAGGAAGUAUCAGCAAUAACAGAACUUAUGUUGGUAGUGCCUGUGAAGCAAAUGAAUUGAUGAUUCCAUGUGAGGGGUAUAUUGGAUCAGAAAGCAGAGACUCAGGGGAUUUAGACGCUGUAAAUAUGAUAGGGGAGGCAAAAGAAUACUUUGAAAAUGAUUGCGGUGCUCUUAGCGAAUUAGAAAAACCUGAAUGCGAGGACGAACCUGAAAUUGAUCUGAGUUCUGAAAGUUUUCAGGUAUCUCCAACUCUGGAUUCUUUAAUGGCGAGAAACCUUGAUGUUGCUGGAGGAGUAGAUGUUGUUGUAAGUGGGUGUGGUUCUUCCGAUCGGAAAACUGAACAAGAAUCUAUAAAUGAAGAAAAUCACGAAUCUGAAGAUAUUGCUAGGAAGUUAUCACUUUCUGAAGAUAGAGCAUCAAGUUUAAGAAGCUCCUCUGGAACAGCAAAUGAGACUGUGGAAAUUGGCGAGCAGAUUAAUUUGCAGGUCAAUUUUGAGCCUGAUGUUGAGAGAACCAUGCCUGAAAACUCUCCGGUAAUUGUUGAGAGAACCAUGCCUGAAAACUCUCCGGUAAUUGAUUAUGAGAUCAUCGAAAAUGAGACUCAGAUGGCUCAACGGAAUCACAACAACACUUUCAUGGAGCUUGACGAGUGCAAAGGAUCAGGUGAUACAAGAAAGGAACUCUCUAAAUCCACUUUUCAGGAUUAUUCUGAAGUAUUACCCUCUAAUCAUUCUGUGGAGCUGAUAAGUGGGAAAGUGAAGGAAAGAGUUGAGAAAACCAAGCUCUUGAAAGAAAAGCUCCAGAGGAUUAUAAGAAACACAGGUUGUUGCAGUGAAAAUUUAUCUGAUACUGAAGUUGUGUCUAAGCUGAGCCUAGAUGGUGGAGAACAUCAAGCAUCCUUAGAGCUUGAUUACAUAUCGGACGGAACAAAGAUUAAAAUCACUGAACAAAAGUUUCCAGCUGAUCUUGAAUUGUCCAUUAACGUCCUUGUUAUCGGGAAAACUGGGGUAGGAAAAAGUGCAACAGUUAAUUCUAUCUUUGGGGAGACUAAAUCUGCUGUUGGUGCAUUUGCGGUGACCACAAAGUCUGCAAAUUACGUAGUUGGGAAUGUAGGAGGACUCCGAAUAAGGAUACUUGAUACGCCAGGUUUCAUGUCCUCUGCAACUGAAAAACAGUUUAACCAGGGAGUCCUCAUGUCGAUAAAGAGGAGCAUGAGAAAGUUCCCAGUUGAUGUCAUCCUUUAUAUUGACCGUUUAGAUGACACUCCAGAUAUCGGUUUACUCAGAAUCAUCACCAGUUCUCUGGGCUCAUCAAUAUGGCAAAAUGCUAUCGUGGUUCUAACUCAUGCAGCAUCUGAUGUGCCAGAUACUUUAAGCUACAAAGACUUUAUUGCUCAGAGGUCUUACCUUAUGCACCAAUCAAUCAGACAAGCAGUUCCUAAGCUAAGCUGUGUAGGCCAGAGCAAGAUGCCUAAAAUUAUUCUGGCAGAGAACAACAUGAGCUCUUUCUCGGCAAACAAAAGCAGUGAAUCUACUUGUCCAGACUGGAGACUGAAACUACUGAUCUUAUGUUGCUCGGUUAAGAUCAGGUCUAAAGCCGGUUCUUUGCAAAAGCAGAAUACCGAUGUAGAAAAGGCUGGUGCCUUUGGCUCCCAGCGUAGCUCUUUCACUCUUUUCUGUUCCUUGUGGAAUGUUUUGCUUAACUCAGGGCAUACUUCUCAUUCACAAGAUGAUUUGGAGGAGAAGAAAAGGCAAUUACUGGAUUCUUACCCUGAAAUUAUCUGGGACGAACAGAGUCAAGAAUGUCUCGAGCAAGAAACACUUCUCAUAGAGAAUCAAGGACCAGAAGACGAGGAGAGACAACAUGAAAAAGGAAAAACAAACAGAGGUUUGGAAGAAGGAACUGUUAUAGAUCGUGUAAGAACCAGAAGAGGAAGACUUGGGUUCCAAGCAACAAAAAGGUUGGGUAUCUAUCUCGAUACAUCCAAUUUACACACCGGGCUUUCCAUUGGAACCGGAGGCUGUAGAAACAACGAAGAGGAAGAAGGGAGGAUCUUGCUGAAGAUGAGAGGCUCAAUGCCUGUUAUAGGUUUGGUUCCUAUGCUGAUGUCCGUAUUCACUUCUGUCCAUGGUGGAAAAGAUACUUAACAUUUAAAUUGCUUUUGCUGUAGAAUUUGUAACAUAUCAGAUGUGUUCCUCGUCUCUUUUGGAUUAUGGGUUUUUGCAUUGACAAUACUGUGGAAACUCCAAUACUGUACUGUACAUGAAACUAAAGUCAAAUACAAAUGUUGAGAGGCUAAAGCAACA